UGUACCUCCACCUUUCCCCCACACCUCCACCAAACCACAACUCUCCACCACAACUAGAAGUUACAAAAAAAUGACAUUAAUUAAAACUAUUUUGCAGAGUUAUCGAGAAUACCACAGUGACUUGUACCCUGAGACUGCCGGGCCACAUGCCCCCUAUACUACGGACCAGUGGCUCAACGGGUGUACCACUCCUGUCCCAAAGGUGUCCCUGGACCCAACCAAACGUCCCAUGCCUGUUUGGAAGUGUUGUCCAGCUUACAAAGGUCUUAUGUGGGUGUCAACAGCCUUUAACAGCUUCAGAGGUGACAGAAGAGGAAGAAGGAAGUGAAGAAGAGGAAGAAUCUCUCUCUCUCUCUCU